AUGUCGAGCAUUCCCUCCGAGCCCGAGUUUGAGCAGGCCUACAAGGAGCUCGUCUCCACGCUCGAAAACUCCACGCUCUUCCAGAAGAACCCAGAGUACCGCAAGGCGCUGCAGGUCGCCGCCGUGCCCGAGCGCGUCGUCCAGUUCCGUGUCGUGUGGGAGAACGACAAGGGCGAGCUCCAAGUCAACCGGGGCUAUCGCGUGCAGUUCAACUCGGCAUUGGGGCCAUACAAGGGAGGGUUGCGCUUUCACCCGAGUGUCAAUCUGUCGAUUCUGAAAUUCCUUGGCUUUGAGCAAAUCUUCAAAAAUGCCCUCACCGGUCUCAACAUGGGCGGCGGCAAAGGCGGCGCCGACUUUGACCCCAAGGGCAAAAGCGACAACGAAAUCCGCAAGUUCUGCGUCGGCUUCAUGACCGAGCUGUCGCGCCACAUUGGCGCCGACACGGACGUGCCAGCGGGUGACAUUGGCGUGACUGGCCGCGAGAUUGGCUACAUGUUUGGCCAGUACAAGAAGAUUCGCAACCAGUGGGAGGGCGUGCUCACGGGCAAAGGUCUGACCUGGGGAGGCAGUCUGAUCCGGCCAGAGGCUACUGGAUACGGAGUUGUCUACUACGUCCAGCACAUGAUCAAAUACGCCACCGAGGGCAAAGAGUCCUUCGCCGGCAAGCGCGUCGCCAUCUCCGGUUCCGGCAACGUCGCCCAGUACGCCGCCCUCAAAGUUAUCGAAUUGGGCGGCACCGUGGUCUCUCUGUCCGACAGCCAGGGCUCCCUCAUCGCCUCUGAACAGGGCUUCACCCCCGCGCACAUUGACCAAAUCGCCGCCCUCAAAGUCGCGCGCCAGCAGCUCGACUCGCUCGCCUCAACGGACGCAUUCUCAGGCUUCAAAUACGUUGCCGGCGCCCGGCCCUGGGUGCACGUCGGCAAAGUCGACGUCGCGCUGCCCUCAGCCACGCAAAACGAAGUCUCGGGCGAAGAAGCCCAAGUCCUCAUCGACGCUGGCGCAAAAUUCAUCGCCGAGGGAUCCAACAUGGGCUCCACACAGGAAGCCAUUGAUAUCUUUGAAGCACACCGUGAGCAAAACAAGGGCGCCGCUGCGAUCUGGUAUGCCCCCGGUAAGGCCGCCAAUUUGGGUGGUGUUGCCGUGUCUGGGCUGGAAAUGGCACAGAACUCGUCGCGCGUGAGCUGGUCUACAGAGGAAGUCGAUAGCAGAUUGCAGGAUAUCAUGGAGGCUGCUUUCAAGAACGGGCUGGAAACCGCAAAGGAGUAUGUCUCGUCGGCCGAGGGCGCGCUGCCUUCUCUGGUUGCUGGGAGCAACAUUGCUGGCUUCUCAAAAGUUGCGGCCGCCAUGCGGGACCAUGGUGACUGGUGGUGA